AACAAUGCGAGUGGGCUCCCUUGGCUUCCGAUGUAAACAUGAAAUGGCGGGCUUGAAACCACGCUCGUCCGUUGGCAUGUAGGAGGAAUUGAGGCCAAGUAUUGUGCUGCUCUGAAACGACGCGUAGGCUACAGAUUUGCUGAUGUUCUCUCUGGUUUAAAGAAGGAAGGAAAUAUGGGACAGAAGCAGAUUUCCAAUAGAUCUAAUCUAGUAACGCCAGAAUAGUACAAGGUUGUUUCUAAAAACUGUUGCUAGAAGUAUAACUUUUUUUUCGUCUACUCAGGACAUUUCGUUUAUGAAGGACUUUAUCAAGAUUAAGUGUUGGUGUAGUUUGGUAGUGAUUUCGCUGUUCCAAGAAAAAGAGGCAGACCGGAAGUGAUGAGUGAGCCGCGGGACCUGAGCAGGAAGACUCCAUCGGAGACGAUGACGCAGUGUACUCCGACUACAGAGAGUUCACUUGCCCGUUGUGCAGAAAGAGAACCCAGCUGCCAAUCGGGGGAGUCAAGAAACUGCCAGACAACUUCCUUGUCUCCAGUCUAGGAGAAGUGGUAGCCCGCCAGAAGCCCAGCAAGUAUCCCUUCUGUGAUAUCUGCAAGCUGGUGAACAGGAAACACAGAGAGGCCAACAGCAAAUGUAUCGACUGCAACAAACUCUUGUGCAAACAGUGCGUGGAUAUACACAAACAAACAAAGGUGACACAGAAUCACAGUAUGUUUGACGUAGAGAUUGAGAAAGACAUUGAAUGUAAAGAGCAUCAGGACGAGGUGGUUCGCUUUUACUGUGAGCCCUGCCAGACCUGCAUCUGUGUUCUAUGUACCUUCAAUGAGCACAAGGAUCACGAGAUCAGCCAGUUCACAGACGCCGUAACCAAGUACAAAGAGAACAUCCAGGACCUGCUGUCCAGCUGUAAAGGAAAGAUAGACGUCUACGAUCGACAGCUUGGUCUGCUCAAUAAAUGUGAGACUGUUAUCAAGUCAGCAGAGCAGAAAAUCCGUGACGCAGCCAUCCAGUACAUAGCGGAGAUCCGGAACAAAGAGAAAACACUGAUCGAUGACCUACACGUUCUGUACGGGCCAGAACUCAUGGAAUACGUGAGCAGGAAGAACGAAAUGCAGAACAAUCUAGACGGACUGAAGAGCACGUGCAACCUAACAGAGCUGGUGCUGAAGGGGAAAGACAUCGAGCUACUGUUGCUGAAGAAACAGGUGCAGGAGAAACUGUCGGUUAUGGCUAACGUAGAGCUGAAAGAUCUACCGUCGACGGUUGGAAAACAGGUGGACUUUGUUCCCGGGAAGCUGGACUUUGGCAGACUCGAGGACCCGAACAAGCCUUUUGAUAAAAAGCCGGCCGCGGACGAGAUACGGAGAGAGGAGACAGGGCGAGUCACUUUGCCAAAUAUGGUUUUCGGACGACAUCGCGACCGUGACAUUAUGGACGAGGUCAAGGUCGAGAAGGUACCCAAACGUACGACAGAGACACAGACUGAAGCCAAGGCAGCGACUUCUUCUAGUGGAGCCAGACUGGUCAACCGGUAUAUACAGACAGAGUUUCCGGAGUCCAGCUACGAGAGGUGUCGGGACUCCUCUAACAACAGCAGCAUGGGACGCUUCAGCGUGGGCCUGGAGACUCGCUCCACCGAGACUGACGUCAUCAAUACGCUAGAGAAGGCCGUCAACACGCGAACUUCACGAGGCCUGCAGGCCAUGACGCACCACGGGCCGAGAGGGGCGGAGUCAACUCGCGACGAGUCCCCGCCCACUAUGGUGGAGAGCAGCAGCGGAUUGGAGCUCUCCAGCUCGCCCGCCCCUCGACGCCAUAGGAGGCGGAGGGAACGCGUGAAGCCGGUCGAAGUAUCCGUCCGGCCGACCACUGGUUCUUACAGCCACCAGGCGUCCUCUGACGGGGAGGCACCUGCAAAGGACACCGCUGUUUCUGAAAACAAGUCGGAAGACUCAACCUAAACGUUUCGGAACACAACUUUCGCAAGAGAUAGUUUUACUCUGUUCCAAGAAUCCGGUUUCUAUGAGUGUGUCCAGCAUCCUGCUGCUACAAAAGUCUUUGUGUUUCAAAAAUCUUUCCGCAUGGUUACGAUUAUUUAGAAGUUUGACACCGAUUUACCUGUUCUGUUUAUUAUUUUUGGUUACUACCCUGUAUUCUUGUGUUUAUAUUUAAUCCGAUAUACUUUUUAAACAAACAUGAUAUUCAGUUGUUAAGCUUUUACGCUGUUCGAUAGCGCUGGAGGUAAAACUAUAAUUUGGCUGUGCUCAUGCUAGAGAGACUUAACUUCAUUCAAAGUGAAAUAUGCUCCUAGUCUUAUAUUUUAUAUUUUACUCAAUAAUCCCUUUGCCUUCGAAGUCUUCUGUUUCAAGUGCGUUCAUUAUUUACAAAUGUCGACGGCAAUAAUCGCCUGGCUGUGCUCAUGGAUAGAAAAUGUGGACUUGUCGCUGAGAAGGUCCCUUCAGAGCUUCCAUAAUUUCCAUUACGUGAAUUGUAUAUUAUUAUAAUUAUAAUUUGAUGUGUUGCAAAUACUGAAGGCAAAUAAUGUAUGAGAUAAACCCAAUGAAGUCUAGAGUGAAACAAAACCUGGGGUCUUUAAAAAAAAUAUUUUUUGUCUUGUUUUUUAAAGGGAAGAAAACAACGCUAAGAAAGUGACGUCCCCGUUUUCUAUAGUAUAAUAUUAAGCUGUUGCUAUGGAAACGUUACAGGCCGUAUGAACUGCCCACUAUUCUACAUGAAGUAACAAAAAGAUGGCCCUUACUGUACGUGUGGGUUGCAACGAGUCUUUCCAUAUUGUAUUAUAUGACUAUAUUAUUUGCUUCAAUUUGGACCAUUGUAGAGUGGAUGUUGAUUUCUAUAAUAUCAUUUUCAUUAUUAUAUAAUUGAUGAAUGCUCAUGUACAUUAUUUUAUCAAGUUUUGACAUUGGGUUUGUUUACCUAUAUAUGAGCCGUACAAUAUGUUAAGAUCUGACCUGCAGCUGAAGAUGGCAACAUAUUUUACCCGACAUUAUAAAAAUAAUACUCGAUAUAUUUUAUAUUAAUUUAGCUUUUUAAAUAAAGAAAUAUAUGACUGGAGGCAAAUUUUAUGAUUACGAUACAUUCUGAACAUAAGAUCACUCGAGAUCACGACAGCGUUGAGAUCAGUUCGAGGCAAUAAACGUUUAUUCUUCGCCUUUGAGAUAGAAAUGUUUCUAGAAAUUCCUUAAUAAUAUUAUACCACCAUGAGUCACAGAGCACGAAGUUUGUGCACGACAUUUCAGUCAUUCUGAAGAUUGGAUGAUAGAAUUGUUUCGGAGCGCAUUCCACACUCCACUGUUGUGUGCGUUAAGCGUGUUCGUCUGUGUGUGCAUGGCAUACUCAGGGGUGUGCACGAAAAGAAAAUAGAGCGUUUUAUAUUUAAAUGUGUUUGCUUUGGUUGAGGAUAAGCGAAUGCUCUGCAAACAUGAGAGGCAGCACUAAUAAACAUUUUUCCCCUAAACGUGUAUCAAUGCACCGAACGAGUACGGUAGAAUUUGUAUCUCUACUUUUUAAAAGGUUUUGUUACCUAAAAAGCGCCCAUCUCCAACAGAACAAAAAAAAGAGGAACUGUGUGAAUGAAAACUCCUCCAGCAACCAGUGGUUAUAAAAGAUACCAAAUAGGGAACUGAAACCAGGAUAUUCUUGCAAAACUGAGCAAGGAACUACCUAGCUGUUUCUGUCUGCUAUGAUCGGCAUUAAUGUUGCGUAACAGUUAAGCGUUCUGCUGUUGCAUUCUGGAGACCUUAAUUUGAUUCUCGAGUGAGGAUAAAUUUUUAUCGAGAUCUCUGUCUUUUUGCUUGGUUGAUGAAUCAAUCUCAGUCCGGAUUGGCCCAGACAGGCAGGGUCGGAAGCCCGCCUCCUAAAUGAUCUGAAUUGUAUGGAGGGGGGCGUAUAAACGCCUACUUUGUACUGAAAAUCUGCUCUGAUUUACUGCCAUGUCGGCCAAAGGGUCAGGUGCCCUAAUAGGUAACGUCCACUUGAUACUUCGGCAAAAAAGAAAAGGCUGUGAGGUUAAGUUUGAUUUUGUGAAGUUAUAAAUGUACAGAGCAGGGGCAAUAUAUAUAAUGUAUAGACAGUAUACAUAGAAAGCCUGUAGCCUAUUUCCCAACCAAGAGCUACGUUUCUUAUAAUGAAUGUAAAGUUAUUCAAAUGUACAGAAGCUUUUGAGUGAACAAAUUUGAGUGAACACAUUUCCAUUUUUUCAGGUUCUUUUUUAGUAGCCAUUCCUUUGGUUUUGUGUGGGGUUGAAAUAUUAUUUGAUAUUUUAAUGUGUUCUUUUCUAAAUAGUUGGCAUUUUAAAAUACCUCUAGCUUUCCGCUAUCAGAAUAAGUGCAAUUUAUAUUGUUUGUCGCCAUCAUAUUAGAUUCUGAAGUGUGAUUUUUCAUUGCCAUUUCAUGGUUCAUUAAAAAAAUAUAUUUUUCAUCUACUUAUCCCCCCCC